AUACAUACAUCAAUACACUGUUGCUGACUGCCAUAACAAUAACAAAACACAAAAGGAACACUGAUUUCCACCCCAUUCAUGUCAUUAUCACUAAACGUCAUAUGCGCCAACUUUUGGAUGGAAGAUAAAUACAGAUUUGUAUUUAUUCGUUAUCUGCUAGUCAUAGCAGGGAAUUUUUCUUUUGUACACAAUAUUAUUUAUAACACAAGUCUUGCCAAUACAAAAACGAUCUGUAGCGAAAAUCGUUUCAUCCAAUUGACGAGGAUAGUCCUACCAAACAUUAUACUCAGACUUAAUUAGUAUCAGUUAACAAUAUUCUAGAUAACUGGAACUCACUGAAAAUCAUGGGCAUGAUAACAACAAAUGUACUGGAAGAAUCAUUAAGUUUUGGACCAUUACCUACAAGUUUAAUGAUUGGUGAACCAGCAUAUUUGAUUGCACAGACAACAACUGAUAGACUGUCUGAAUUGCCAACAAUCUAUGCUGAUCCCAAACGAUUAUCUGAUCCUAUUCGUCUUAUUGAAUGGGUUUGUAAUCUGCGUUGUGCACGAUGUCCAGGUGAACAGAAUAUGGAGUUAAUAUGUUCCAAUCGACUGGGUCAGUCAUUCUAUCGAACAACACGUAGAAUAGAAGCUGGUGAAGAACUUCUUAUUUGGUUCCGAAGACAAGAUUUACAACCACUUCUUUCUGAACACUUGAACAAUGUACACAUAUCAGAAGCAUGGUUUGGACAGACAGUAAAGUCAGCAAAUUCACACCACAAAUACUACGAAGAAUUGGAAAAUGGAUACAGUAAACCGUUCAGUGUUGAUCAUAAUAAAUUCAAAUGUCCUCAGUGUAGCAGUGAAUUUACAUACAUAUAUCCUUAUAUAUCACAUUGUUUAUUUAAAUGUCAGAAACUGUGUGUAAUGCAGAAUAUUCAGUUGAUCAAUCAACCGCCAAUCUCAAAUGAGUAUUCUAAUGAGAUGACUAAUAAAUUUUCACAUCAACAAAACACUGAUUAUUCAUUAGUAACUAAUACAAAAGACGAAGGAAGAUCAAAUAGAAUGGAGAAUAUUCUAUUGAAGAAUGAUCCAUCUCCGUUGAUUCUUGAAAGUCUUCCAACUGAGGUAAUCUCAUCAUCAUUUUGUUCAUCAUCUGUAACUGAUAUGAAAUAUAACAAAAGAGAAGAAUUUCAAUGUAAAAUAAAUGAUUUUGAUCAAAUUUAUGACCCAUCGAAUAAAACUAUGAUAUCAUUCCAUAAAAAAUAUCUACACAAAAUUCGUUCAAACAAUAAAAUGUUAUUAAACUUUAAAACGAAACAAAAUACACCAAAUAAUCAUAUCGAUGACAGUCAGGGUAUUUACAGAAAAUCUAAACUAAAAAAUAAUGUGUUACCAUUAAAAACUCGAAAUCCAUUAGUUGAACAAUUAAUACAAACUUUAAUUGUUUCAAAAAUUGAUAGUACACUUAAUUCUUCCAACGUUGACAUAACUACAACAUCACCAACAUUGAUGUUAGCAAAAAAGCAACAAUCUUCACUAUUGAACAGUUUAUCAUUAGCACAAAAUUGGUGUGCACGUUGUUAUAUUACAUUUCGUUUAACUAGUGAUUUAGUACAUCAUAUGCGUACAUAUCAUAAUCAAUCGAGUAAAACUUCAAAUAAUAAAGAGAGAACAACUCUAAACACUACACAUAUUCAUUCAAAAGAUAAAUCACAAAAGAACAAAGAGUUGUAUACUGAUGAAGUCAAUUCCAGAAAGGAAAUAACUAAUUUAUAUUCAUCUGAACAAUCAUGUUUAUCACGGGCAUUAUCACAAAUCCAACUACAAUCACAAUCAUCAUUGACAACACCAUUAAUGUCAACAAUAUCGUCUUGUUCAACGAAUCAGUUAAUUUGUUCCCUUUGUAGUGAACAAUUUAAAGAAAAACAUCAUUUAACUAGACAUAUGCUUUCACAUACUUAAAAUAAGUAAAUAAGUAGUCUGUUGUAAUUUAUCUUAUAAAGUUUCUAUUUAUAAAUUUGUAUAGAAAGAAAUCAAGCAAUUAAGUUAUCAUGUGAUAUUUACUUUGAACUAAAUCACUAAAUCAGCCAGUUAUGUCAUAAUGACAGUAAUUAUUAUGAUCUAUUUGACUUUCCUUUCCAAUUAUUAUUGUUAUCAUCUUUUUGUCAUAAGAGUUUGUUUUUCUCUUUUUUCCAGAAAUGCAGAGAACUGAAAUACAAUUUACAAAGU